UAUUUAAUUUCGAAAACAGGUCGAUCGUUCGCUUGAUACACUGGGGAAGCAAAAGUCAAAAAUUUGCUUACUGGAAUUUUGUGGAGGUUUUUAUAGAUAUUUUUCAUAGUUCCCUUUUCUUUACAAAAAGAAAAUGAGACUUUGACCGUUUGUUGGAUUAUUCUAGUCUUUGGAAGAAGUAUUUUUAACUUGGUUGGGAUUACAUCACACAACAUGGAUUUCGGAUUUUGGUCGAACUUCAGACGAAUUUUAUURCUGGCAUUCACCGUUCUUCAGAUGAUUGACCCUACACAUGGUGAAUUCGAAAGUUUUGUAGAUCUUAUCAGAGUACCUCGAUCCGGGCCACCACUGGCUAAAAAUCAAAACCCCGUAUGUCGUAAAGCGCAGAUGCUCCACAGUGACGUAUUAAAGAAUGCAUCUUUGGAYGGAAGGCUUAACGCCGGUAACUUUACAUUUCUUGGUGACGUGAACAACAUGGAACAAUGUAUGGGAAUGUGUUGCUCCAAUAAGAAAUGUCAGCUGGCUUAUCURGAUAAGAACAAAUGRUAUGGAGUCAAGUGUUUCAGUGAAAAAUCCUGUAAAGUUACAGCUGGAAUUGGCACAGAAGAUGUGAAAAUAUCUCUAAUGGUKAAGAAUGAUAUCAAUAGAAAAGCGUAUGUCACGGCUUAUAUUGUGGUAGUUCUCGUUGCUUUCGGCGCUGCUAUUAGUGGGACAGUCUGGGCCGUGUUUAUCUUUGUAAAAAGAUAUCGCGUAACUAAUGGCAAAUCAGAAAAUUUAACCAACGAAGAAGAGGAAGAGAAAGCUCAGGUUUACUAAAUUGAAUUCAUAACAGAAAGGCGGAAAAACAGGGUAUCUCCUCAAAAGACACUAUAAUGCCGGGUUUCAAAUAGGAUUUCAUCACUGAAAUAAAAAAAAAACCCUGACCUUAAUGUAAUUCGGCAAAAGUGUUGUACUUCUUUUCAGAAGACACUUUUUGCUAAGGUAGAAUUUCUCUCAAUGCAGCUGAAUGCAUGUCAUAUAAUUACAUUUAAACACUUCUUUCCAAAGUAUAGCUUUUUAUACGCCAUAUUGUGUAGUGAAGAACGUUGUCUUAUAAAAGUAAAAUAUAUAUGAAUCMAUAUUAUGUCAAUCGUGGCAGACUACAAAUGAUUUCAGCUGAAGGAUUUAGAGGYAGGAAUGACACACGUUAAAGUUACAUAUCMGGCAGCGAUUAUAAAACACGAAAUUUUCAGUUUUAAUAGGUUGCAACAGUUGAAUUCUGUACUUCCGCUUAUAUCGUUCUUGCAAGUUGGUGUAUUUGAUUUUGAAAUAAGAAAGAAAGAGUGCACUACAACAGAAUGUGAAAAUAUAACUUGUUUGUUUUAAAAUAAAUUUUUAGAAAUAAAUAU